AUGAUGUCAACUGAUCCAUCAAACAUGGAUACUGAAGAUGAUUUACUCCAACCAGAGAUUCUUGACAAUGCAUUGACUAAGCCAAAAAUUAUUCCAAUUUCAACAAAAUAUGGUUAUGUAAUAGUAACACAACAAGGUCCACCGGAUCGUCCUGCAAUUGUUACUUAUCAUGAUGUUGGAUAUAAUUCUGCAACACAAUUUCAUCAAUUUUUUGCAUUUCCAGAAAUGAUGCCAGUCACUGAACAUUUUACUAUUUAUCAUAUUAAUGCACCUGGACAAGAUGAACAAGCUAAUCUAUUACCGACUGCAUUUGUUUAUCCUACUCUGGAUCAAUUAGCUGUAUCAGUUUAUGAUGUAUUUGUGCAUUUAGAUAUUAAAUCUGCUAUUGGAUUUGGUGUUGGUCUUGGUGCUAAUGUUUUGGCUCGUUUUGCAUUGCAAUAUCCAACAAAAAUCUAUGGUCUUAUUUUGAUUAAUUGUGUUUCACGUAGUGUAGGAUGGCUUGAAAGUUUCUCCGUUAAACGAACAGCAAAGGACGUGACACAACAACAUUGGACAGAAGCAUUACUGAGCUAUCUUAUUGAGCAUAAUUUAGGAUCUACAUCAGAUCCAGAUCUGGUAAAUAUGGUUCGACGUCAUUUAGAAGAAAAUGUUAAAGCUAAAAAUGUGAUUAAACUUCUGAAUUCAUAUUUAACUCGUACAGCUCUUCCAAUCAAUCGACCAGCUGAUACAGGUAGAAAGGCUAAUCCAUCUGGAACUCUAAAAUGUUCAGUAAUUAAUAUUACUGGAUCUUCAUCACCACAUAAACAAGAUGUUAUGGAUACUAAUGAUCGAUGUGAUCCAUCAAUGGCUUCUUAUGUUGAACUUGCUGAUUGUGGUGGUGCUGUUUUACUUGAACAACCAGCAAAAUUAGCUGAAUCUAUUCGACUUUUUCUUCAAGGUCUUGGUUAUAUUUCACAUUUAAGCAUUCCACGUUUUUCAACUGCUAAUCGUUUAGCUGAACAAGCAGCUGAAUAUAAACGUCAACAUGGUUCAUUAUCUAAAGUACCUCGUCGACUUAGUACACAAGUUUAUUAUAAAGAUUAUGGUGACAAAAAUUCUGGUGAAUCUGAUGAUCAACCUCGACCUCGUACCAGUUCAUUCAGUAAUCGAAAUACUCAAUUUUAA